ACAUUUCACAAAGCCAUCAAAAACCAAACCAAACCAUACCAACAGAAAUGGCCACACGCGAUUACCUUAACUUUGAACCGGUCACACAAUGGGUCCACGAAAAUGAAUGCGAUACCCUCCUUGUCUCUUUGCCCGAUUUCAGUAAAGAGCAGCUGAAGGUUCAAAUUAGUCCAUCAGGAACAUUGAAGAUCAGUGGAGAACGUCCUAUUGGAGUAAACAAAUGGUCACGCUUCUCCAAAGAAUUUCCUGUCUCAUCUAACUGCGACACAACUAAACUAAACGCAAACUUCAGUCAAGGCAUACUCUACGUUAAACAACCAAAAUUGAUCAAUCCAGCAGAGAAGGGAGAAAAGUUAGAGAAUAAACCAAAUGUUAGUAAUAAUGAACCUCCAAAGUAUCAAAAGCCCAAAGAUGAUCAAGAAAAGUCAGAGAAUAAGACAAGUGGAAGCAAUGAGCCUCCAAAGUCUCAAAAGCCCAAAGAUGAUCAGCUGCAGAAAAAGACUCAAGAAUCCACAGAGCUACAUAAAGAGGGUCAACCAAAACCUCAUAAAACUGACCAAGUAACUGGCCAGACGAUGACAAAACCCAAAAAUGAUCAAUUAACACAAAUUCAGAAAGGGGCUCAGGAACUUGCUCAGAUUACCAAUCCUAUGGGUAAGCAAAAGGAUCAAAAGCAGGGCAAUGAUUACGAGGAUUUGCCAAAGAAAGAAACCGUCGCUGACGAGGUUCCAGAAAAGAGUAGUUAUAACGAAGAGAAGAAAAAGGAAAUUGUUGGCAAUGAAAAGAAUGAAAGCAACUAUGAAGAAGAUGAAUAUGAGCAAGCAAUUAACAGGGCAAUGGAGGUUGGGCAACCAAGUAGAUGGAUGAUCUUGGUUUUGGUUGUUCUAUUCAUUGCCUUGGUCGGAUUUCAGUUCAUGAAUGGCAUCAUUGAGGGAUAUCAUGAAUGGCAUCAAAACUAAACACAUUUGCAUAAAAUGUAUGUAUGUAUGUAUGCACUUGUUAUUUAAAAACCAAAAGUCUUAAAUACCAAUUUAGGACCUCAAAUUGCACAAGAUAUUCAAACUAAGUUUAUUCAUCUUCA